GUCACAGACUUCGAUCGUCUGUAUAGCUCUGCUGGGAACGCCGGGAUGGAGGCUUUUUUUGAAAGCCUCCGAGGGUGUUGGCAUCUGGACACCCCUAUCCCAGCGCCUUGGUUCCUCCCACUGUGCUGACUUAGACGAACGUUGGGUGAUCCCAUUUCUGGGUUGCGGGUGUGAUACACUUGAUCCCUCUGGUGAUUGGUGGAGCCUUGGCCUGGAGAGGAACUUGGUCUUCUGUGUAUCCGGUCCCCGGUGCCCCCGUCAGUGAGUUAUGGUGGUAGUAGUCCGGACCAUUCUGUCACGUAUCGCCUUCAUCUUUUUUUUUUUCUUUUGAUUUUCAAGAUAGGGUUUCUCUGUGUAGCUUUGGUGCCUGUCCUGAAUCUCGCUUUGUAGAUCUGCCUGGAACUCACCGAAAUCCGCCUGGCUCUGCCUCCCGAGUGCUGGGAAUAAAGGCGUGCGCCACCGCCACCCGGUUCGCUUUCAUCUUUUAGCACUCAUUUUUGUUCUGUCCUUCCAGCUACUGGUGCACUUAGGACUGGUCAGCAACCCACGAUGCCGCUCCCUGUGGCGCUGCAGAGCCGCCUGGCAAAGAGGGGCAUCCUCAAACAUCUGGAGCCUGAGCCAGAGGAAGAGAUUAUUGCUGAGGACUAUGACGAUGAUCCUGUCGACUAUGAGGCCACCCGGUUAGAGGGUCUGCCGCCGAGCUGGUACAAAGUGUUUGACCCUUCUUGUGGACUCCCUUACUACUGGAAUGUGGAGACAGACCUCGUGUCGUGGCUCUCACCACAUGACCCCAACUUUGUCGUUACCAAAUCUGCCAAGAAACUCAGGAACAGUAAUACAGAUGCUGAGGACAAGUUGGAGCGGAAUCAUGAGAAGUUGGACAGAAAUCAUGAGAAGCCAGACCGAAGUCAUGAGAAGCCAGAAAGGAGCCAUGAGAAGGCAGAACGAAACCAUGAGAAGUCUGACCGGGAUCGAGAGCGGAGCUAUGACAAAGUGGAGAGAGAGAGAGAUCGGGACAGGGACCGAGAUCGGGACCGGGGAUACGACAAGGCAGAGCGAGAAGAUGGGAAAGACCGGCGCCACCAUCGCAGAGAAGAGCUGGCUCCUUACCCCAAGAGUAAGAAGGUGAGCCGGAAAGAUGAAGAAUUAGACCCCAUGGACCCCAGCUCAUACUCAGAUGCACCCCGGGGCACAUGGUCAACAGGACUACCCAAGAGGAAUGAGGCCAAGACCGGCGCAGACACGACAGCAGCCGGGCCCCUCUUCCAGCAGCGCCCAUACCCUUCCCCAGGGGCCGUGCUCCGCGCCAAUGCCGAGGCCUCCCGAACCAAACAGCAGGACUGAACCUUUGUCCCUGGGAGCUUUGGCCCUUUGUCUUUCUGUCUUUCCUCCCUGCCGCUCUAGAGAUAGGACCCAGAGCUUUGCACAUGCUGAGCAAUUAUUCCACCAAUGAGCUAUACUCCCGGCCCCUUUAUUGGUUUUUUGUUUUUUGUUUUGGUUUUCCGACACAGAGUUUAGCUGUGUAGCUUUGGAACCUGUCCUGGGUCUGGCUCUGUAGACCAGGCAGGCCUCGAACUCACAAAGAUCCGCCUGUCUCU